CUUUUUUUCCACUCUUUCGGAGAUCGAUUUGAUAGUAUUUGAUGUUCACAAUCGAAUAAGGAGCGUUUAAAUCGUAUCUUAUAUUCCUUCACUUCAAAAUCUCUUGUAGUUUUGUCCUUCAGUUAAAAAUUAUAAUUAUUCAUUAUUCAAGAUCGAGUGGAGCGAAAAAUAAGUGAAUUUUAAAAGAACGAUUUAUAACGUGUGUGCAAAAAAUAACUGUGGUUCGCACACACAAGUGUUGCAAAAAUGUCAGGUCGCUGGCGCGGCUUCGGUUGACAAUCAUCAACGAGACGAAGCUCCUGAAAAGAUCACUGUUAUUUUUCAGUUUUACCAGGCUUCAAUGAUAAAUCAUAAAUUAUCAAUUAGCAGGUGGUGGAAAUUAUAAUUACGACAUGGCAUCCCGCAGAUGGUUUCAUCCCAACAUAUCAGGUAUAGAGGCCGAGCGACUUUUGAUGGAACGUGGUUACGACAGUUCCUUUCUGGCACGUCCAAGCUCUUCGAAUCCUGGUGACUUCACAUUGUCCGUUAGGCGAAACAGUGAAGUGACUCAUAUAAAGAUUCAGAACACUGGUGAUUUCUACGAUCUUUAUGGAGGUGAAAAGUUUGCCACACUCUCGGAGCUCGUCCAGUUCUACAUGGAGAAUGGUGGACAGUUAAGAGAAAAAAACGGUGAAGUUAUUGAACUGAGGUAUCCUCUUAAUUGUGCCGAUCCAACGACCGAAAGGUGGUUCCAUGGACAUCUAUCCGCCAAAGAAGCCGAAAGUUUGAUGCUUGAGCGAGGAAAAAACGGAUCGUUUCUCGUUCGCGAAUCGCAAAGCAAACCAGGAGACUUUGUUUUAUCGGUCAGAACUGACGAUCGUGUUACUCAUGUUAUGAUACGAUCUCAGGCGGAAAGAUCAGUAGGUUUUCAAGAUCUGAAAUACGACGUUGGUGGCGGUGAAAAAUUCGACAGUUUGAGCGACCUCAUCGAGCAUUACAAAAGAAAUCCCAUGGUUGAAACGAGCGGGAGUGUUGUACAUUUGAGACAACCGUUCAAUGCUACGCGGAUCAACGCUAGCGGCAUAGAGAGCCGAGUGAAGCAAUUGCACAAAGAAAAUGGUUGCUCGAACGGUUGGCUCUGUUGGAACGGUGCAGCGACUGACAGCGAGGCAACAGCUGGACGUGCGAAAGGAAAAGCUGGAUUUUGGGAAGAAUUUGAAUCUCUGCAACAGCUCGAAUGUCGUCAUCUGUUCUCGAGGAAAGAGGGUCUUAGAACGGAGAAUCGAGCAAAGAAUCGUUACAAGAAUAUUUUGCCAUUUGAUCAUACGAGAGUACGAUUGAAAGAUGUGGAUCUGAGUGUUCCCGGGGCCGAUUACAUUAAUGCUAAUUAUAUUAAAAACGAAGAAGGGGAAGGUACGUGCACAGGCGUCACAGCUUCUGGGGACACUUGUAUAUUCAACAAAUGUUACAUAGCCACUCAAGGUUGUUUGCCCAAUACCAUUAAAGACUUUUGGCACAUGGUUUAUCAGGAGAAUACUCAGGUUAUUGUAAUGACCACCAAAGAGAUGGAAAGAGGAAAGAACAAGUGUGCACGCUACUGGCCGGAGGAGGGAGAAGUCGGCGAGUAUGGUGGCGAAUGGAAAGUACGCGCACUCGGCCGCACUUCCACGGCCGAUUAUACUUUGCGGGAAUUUAUCCUUCAGGGAAAAAAACCACAAUUCUCGGAACCUCGGCGGAUUUAUCACUAUCAUUUUCAAGCUUGGCCAGAUCACGGGGUUCCUUCGGAUCCGGGUUGUGUUUUGAAUUUUCUACAUGACGUAAAUGCGCGACAAGAAUCAAUAGCCGCUGCUGCGAGCCCAGGUGGUUCAACGAAUCAGUCGCCCACUGCUGUUGGCCCAAUUCUCGUGCACUGUAGCGCCGGUAUUGGGAGAACCGGGACUUUUAUAGUCAUCGAUAUGAUUCUGGAUCAAAUAAAACGUCAUGGGCUCGAUUGUGAAAUCGAUAUUCAACGGACGAUUCAACGCGUUCGUUCACAACGUUCCGGUAUGGUACAGACUGAAGCACAAUAUAAAUUCGUUUAUCUUGCUGUUUUGCACUACAUCGAUACUGUAUCGCAACGAAGGCUCGCCGAACAAAAAUCACUCCAAUUGGGUCGUGAAUACACGAACAUUCGUUACAAGAGCGAAAAUGCGGCGUUGAGCGGGAGUGGGAUCGGGGAAACGUCGAGUGUGACGGCAACUCCUACGUCCCUGAUAGCUCCGGUGAAUUUCGCUUCAACGGGAGGAGCUGGUAGCCUGAGGCCGAAGUAAUUAUUGUCGAAAAAAGAAUGAUUGGCAUGAGGAAGUAGAUUCUGGUCUACGGUUUUCACUUCGACAAAUGCGCUCGCGCGCGUUCAUUCGGGCCUAGAACGCUUGAUACAAAUGGACAAAAACCGUGCUUAUGACUAUCGCUAAUUGGGGACAACAAUAUAGAUUUAAAGAAAACAAGGAGAAAACAAUAUAUAUCUAUUCAUACACAAUAGCGAUGGCAGUAAAAGAACCCUUCGAAAUGGGAUUCAGAGGUAAAAAAGAACUGUUGGUCAAGCACAUUCGUCGAUAUUGCUGUUAAAUUAGAGACUCAAUCUUCGUCCUUAAAUUUGUAAAAUGUGUAAAAUCGUAGUAGUGCCUCAUACAUUUCGAACGUUAAAUCUUCAGAGAAUGGUCUAUACACAGACAGAUAUAUAUAUAUAUAUUUUUUUUCGAUCCUCUUGGCACUACUUUUCCCCUCCCCCUGAAACUGUCCAUAUUAAUAACAUGACACAAUGAGCGAAUACUUGAAUUCAUUUUUAUGCCUGACAACGCGAGCUGAAGGUGACACGCUUCUCAUGUCUGGGCGAUUUUCUUUACCAUUUGAUCGCUGAACUUCUAUAAUAUAUAUUUCGUUAAACUUUAAUUGUUAGGAGUGGGACUCCGAAAGGUUCGCUUUGCCUCAAGAAUUGUACGUUUCAUAAAUGCAUACGUCUAUGCAUAUAUAAAUAUAUAUUCAUGUAUAGUAGAGUUUAUCGAUUAUUACGAUCGAUUCUUAAUUGUGAUUGCAAAACUGUACAAACACUAUUGUCGAAUUGUAGAAAGUUCAAUGCCGCGUUUUUUGUAUCGCAAUUUUAUGCUUACGUGUUCGGUUCUAUACAAUUUUUUUAUAGAAAUUUUUGUCUUUUUUCUUGCUUCCGAGAUGAACGACCUACGUGUUAGAUUUAUUUCGUCUAUUUGAAUAUUUUUAGUGAAACGGUGGGACGGACACGCAUAAAUAAAAAACCUCGUCGAAUUCCAUGAGACCGCUGUGCCGGGUAUGUUUACAUCCGUGUAUGUAUCGCACCCGAUAAGUUUAAUUAUUGUAAACGUUGACAUUGCCUUUAUAGUAAAAAGUGAUUUAUCGCGAAACAGCAUUGUAUACAUUCGCGGGAAAUUUCUCGAGGCUGAACCCCUCUUUCGGGUUUCCUGUACUAAUAUCACGAGAUAUUUAAAACACGUGAUAUAUUUUUCAAUCGUACAUGGAUAGAUAGUUACGUCACAGGUCAAAUAGUGUUAAUUUUUUCAGUAGAUAGUGUUCGCCCUUCAAGUUUGCUAGGUCAAAAUUGUUGAGAAAUCACUGACAUGUUUUUUGGUCAAAGUAUUCAAUGAAUCUGAGAAAAUUCUGCCAUCACAAAUUGACAGAAUUUUUAUAUCGGUAAUAAUAAAUUUGUAAGAUUAUUCGUACACAAAAUAUUUUCUCAUACAUGGUCGGACAAUUUGUUGUUUUCGAUUCAUGAAACAUAGUCAAUACCAAGUUUCGAAACUAUUGAAAUGAACUUUUACUCAAAUAUCACUCCGAGAUAAAAAUCGAAGAGGCACCAGCAAAAUGAAAAGUAUUUAGAAACAAAAACGAAUUUUUUUCAAAUACAUUCUUCGGUAGCUCUUCAAUUCGUAACAGUUUAAAAAGCGGUUUAGAGUGAACUCCACGUAAAUAUUUGUUGUAGCGCAGUAUAAAGAGUUAUUUUUCAUUCCUAUUUUUUCGGAGUAUUUUAUUUCAAUGAAAAUUUAGUAGCAACACAAAUGAAAAAAUGUACUACAUUCUGAAGUUUUUACUAUUUGACCUGAGAUCACAGAUAUAUGAUACGUAAUAGUAUACUAUAGAGAAAAAGUUUAAUGUAUUUCAAAAGGGCGCGAUAAAUGCAAUUGUGAUAAUGUCAUUUUAAAUUAGGUUUUGUUAUUAUAAAAAUUUAAGUCAAUACUUUCAUGAAUCGGUAGAUGAUUGUGUAAUAGAAAUAAAUUUGAACAAGCUCUUGUUCUCGAUGAUGCUCGAA